AUGCCUCCAAACUCUCUGGUCGAAUGGAUGAUCGGUCAGAAUGUUUCAACUACAAAACAAAAAAAGAUUAGUACCUUCCGUGAGGUUGUCAGACUUCAGGUAGCAACCGAUGAUGAGUCUGGUGAAGAUUCAAUUCUCCUGACAUAUCCUCGCACGCACCAAUCCGGUAACAUCUCAGGGGCCACCCCGCCUGGCAAGAAGGUUAGGUUUGAUCAGGAACAUGCACUCAAAGACAGUUCAUCCCCGAUCAGCCCAUCCUCAUCGAGCUCAAGCGGCUUGAGCGAAGGAAAACCGAAGGAAGUAAAAACAAAGAGUAUUUGCGAAGUUUCAGACAGCGAUGAAGACUCCGAACCGCACCCAACAUGCUCAUGUGCAGAUUGCCGAAUUGGAAGACGGAGAGCGAGGCGCCUUGCGCGACUGAAUCACAAGAAGCUUCAAGGAAGUUCAAGCGAUGCUUCUAGUGAUACGACAGAAGCAAGUGAGCCGGUGGCGGAACCAAAGAAAGAUGAUUCCCCUCCCAAAAAGAACGAAGCCAAGAAAAAGGCAGGGAAGAAAAAGUCGCCCAAGAAAGCAGAUCCGGAACCAACACCACUCACAUCUGAAGCCAGUGAUACACCUGGCGAUACCACAGAGGGCACACAGACGGAAGGUGGUACGGACAACGAGGCUUCGGCUGCGGCUCUGGCACCACCUCCAGCUCCACAGGAGGAGAAAAAGGAGCCUGCAGAUAAGAAGACAAAGAAUGGCGCCGGGAAUGCUGGCAAGGGCAAACAAGCAAAGAAAGUCAAGAGCACGGAUGAAAAGGGUUCGGACAACAAGGCGGAAGAGACCAAGAUCGACACAGCUUCCCAGGUUGCCGACAAGUCACCGACUGCAGAUAAACCUCUUCAACUGCCUCCGUACUCUCAAAUAUCCAACAUUCGACCACCAAACCUGCUUAUGCCGGUCAAGGCGCAGGUAUUACAGAUUGAACAUGCCAUCGAGACCCCCGAUGAUCCGCGCCCAAAUGCGUUCAUUGACAGCCAGUAUGGAGUUCUUCGCGUCUACCAUGGCCCCGCGUAUGGCAAUGCCCUCGGCAGUCUCUAUCCAAGACGGUCCUGGUCGGGCAAGGACUUGCCACUGGGGACGCCCCAUCCGAUGCACAACCCGUACAUCCACAGCUUUGGGCAACAUCCCCAGGGCCAAGGCCAUGGUGGUGCUGUUCCAGAUGGCCAGCCGUCGCAUAACAUGAUGCCCCCAGGCUGGUAUGCGAUGCCAGGUGGCGAUGGUCAUAUGAUGCCUAACAUCAAUCAAUGGGGCAUGCCAAAUACCGGCUACCAACCUCCGCCUGCUGAACCGUUACCCAACCCUCCAGUUGUAACAGCUCAGCCCCCUGAAACUGGUGGAAUCAGCUUGAAGUUUGAUUCUCAGGGUAGACCUAUAACAAGUGGUUCUGCCAAAGGAAGCAAUAAAGACCAAGGAUGGGCGACAAACGUUGCUCCUCCACCUCCUACAGCGGGACCGAAAUCCAAUCGCUCGCAGCAAGAGUCUGGAUCUAACAAAGAUCCUUGGAAGACUAAUGGAUGGGGCUCUAGCAUGCCCUGGGGAGAUGGUGCCAGUGGAGAGAAUGCAAAGGAGGUCAGUCACCAGGGCAAGGGAAGCAACAGAGGAGAUACUGCUUUGGGUGGCGACACUGGUGCGGCACAAGCUUGGGGAUCAGUACAAGGAGGCAGCAACAGAAGCAACAGACAUAACAACAAUAACGGCGGACAAUGGGCUACCGAUGCGAACAACCAGACUGGGAGCAAGGGUUGGGGUGGUGGUGGCUCGAAUGUCAGCAAGAGGGAAAGUGCUCUUCCUGGCUGGCCAACACAUUCCCCCAAAUGCCCCCCUCGUCAGAACCCUUGGGUCAGCUCGAAUAGUGGCCCCAACAACGAAGGCUCUGCAGGUGGCAACGGCGGCUGGAACGAUCCACAACCCAGAACAACUGGAGGUUGGGGUGGUGGUGGUGCGUCUGCGGAUAACUGGAAUGCAUGGGGCACGGGAUCGCAAACAAAAAACGCCGGCUGGAACGAGCCACCUAAAAAUACACCCGAGAGAGGCAGCAAAGGAGGAUGGAACGCGCAGCCGGGUGGGAAUAGUAACGUAGCUUGGGGCGGUGGCGACAAUCAGCGUAAUGAUCCAGCCCCUGAUGCCCCAGUGGACGGUCCCUCUGAUACUCGGCCCCAAGGCUCCCCUCCAGCUAACCAAGACGCAGGCCGCAACGGAUGGACCAACGCCGGCUCGGGUGGCUCAGCGAACUGGGGACGAGGUGGUGGAACAAACAGCAACUGGAGCUACAAUAAUGUCGGCGGCGGCUGGGGUCGAAGUGGCUCGACCAAAGGUACGCCACCACGUCCUCCUUCUGUCCCGGCCAAUCAAUGGCAAAGUACACCCGAUCCACCCCCAGCCGAUAUCACCAAGCCUCCCUCCGAUUUGGGGCCUGAUGCUGGAAACUGGGAUACUGGUUCUAAUCAUAGCGGUGGAAGUGGGAAAAAAGCGGAUGAUGGGGAUAAAGGAGAUGGAACGGAGAGGAUGCCGUGUACUUGGCCCACUCCGCUACCGAGCGCGCAUCCUGACGGCGGCUGGCCAAGUAAUGGUAGCGAUAACGGCAAGAUUACUGACAAAGGAGUACCAGGCGCCUUCUUCGGUCCGGCCGGUCCUCCCAACGCGUGCGAUCAGCCGAUGCCUUCUGACAAUAAUGUCGGCGGAGCUCCCGACGGCGGAUGGGCCAACGCCCCCAGUGACAACCAAAACAACAAUUGGGCCGGUGGUGGUGGCGGCGGCGGAAACUGGAAUUCCAGCAAUAUCGGAAGGACGGUAUCAACAGUUGGAGAUGGAGGCUAUGGGCCCGCAGGUAACGCCGGGCCCAUGUCUGAAAUCCCACCAUGGGGCGAUGCUACAGCAGCUCAGAGCACUCGUCCUGAGCCCCAGCAGAAGAAACCAGACAAUCCAUGGUGA